AUGCCUCACAGUUCCCGCCAUCUUCCUACCCUCCCGAGUACGGCGACCGCGCUUACUAUCCGCCGCCACCGUCGCAAUACCCGCCGCCUCCACACUACCCCCCAGGCUCUUCACAAUUCCCCCCACCGUCUAGCAUGGCCGCCGUUCAUCCUCACGCGCAGGGCCCCCCCCUACAUGGGAUACCGCCCUGAUGCGUACGGGCAACCUCAACAACCUCAGGUGGUGUAUCAAGCCGCCGCACCCCGACAGAGAACAGCAAUUGCCUGCCGAUACUGCCGACGACGCAAGAUCCGGUGCUCGGGCUUUGAGAAUUCCAACGAUGGACGCUGCACCAACUGCCAGCGCUUCAACCAACAGUGCAUGUUUACUCCAGUCUCCUCGCAGGCGCAGGCGUUCGUCCCCGCGCAUGCCGCCUACCCUCACCUGCGCGACUCGCAAGGCCGAACACGCACCGACCCGAAUGUGCAGCUCUACGGUCCUCAUGGGCAGCCUCUUCCACCGCAGGCGCAUGAUGCGCAAACAACCCUGCCGCCGCCUCAAGGGAUGUACGGUCCGUACGGUGGUCCCCCGCCACCCCUUGCAGGAGGACCAAUGCCCGAUCCGCGCCAGCGUCGCGGCUCAGGUUCGGGUUUCGAUUACCCUGAUCCUAUGAAUCUGGCUCCCGUUACGCCCUCCGGAGCUACCCCCGGAUUCCAAACGCAUACCGCUCCUAGCCCCUACUAUCCCCAGCAGCACGAUCGGCGCACCUCGCCGCAGGGCGGAUACCCCUACGAUGGACGCCACUCAGCCUCGCCCCACAAUUCGCCGUAUGUGCCUUUGGCACCCCCGGCGGCAGGAAGCGCGACACCCCCUCCCGCCCCGACCUCGACUCCCGGCGGUUCUCAGCGUGGCGGUCUGAACGUGCGUGACAUGUUGAACCCCGGUGACGAUUCGGGGGCUCGGUCCAGCACCGAUAACGACAUGCUCAAUGCGCUGAACCGGCGCGGUCUGAACAUGGAUAAGAAGUAA